ACUCACACACAUACACACACAGCUAACAUGGGCCAGAUUCUGAGCUGGAUCCGAGGCCCGCGGGACACCCCGGACCUGCAGGAUGCGUCUGUGGAGGAGCAGUCGCAGCCGGGCCAGGCAACACCCAAGCCGGCAGCWCAAGUCUCCACUGUGAAGCCUGCAGAGUUUGAGAAGUCAGGAUCCGCCAUGACUACAAAUCCUGGCGUGGCUGCAACGACAACAGCCACCGGGAGUGGCGUGGCAGCUGGAGGAUCUGCUACAGUCGCAGCAGCAGGAAAAGACUCACCUAAAACCAAAACGGAGACUGCUGCAACCUCCCAGGUCAAAGCGAAAUCUACGGCUCCUUCUCUUGCUGCUGGAACGACGACAACCGCUUCCGUGACCAAACCUCAAGUCUCAACCAAGACUUCGGCUGCUGCUUCAACAGUCAAAGCUGAGGUGCCUAAAGCUGAUCCUGGUAAAGCAUCAAAGCCAGCUGCAGCAGCAGCAGCUGGGAAUGUGUCAGUGCAAGGGAAGAAAGAAGAUGCUAAAAGAACGCAAACGAAGGUGCAGGCAGAGGUUCCUUCAGCAGCAGCAACAGCAGCAGCAGCAGCAACCAAACAGGCGUCUGUUGAUGACCCGUUUGCCGCCCUGGGAGAAACGCUAGGACCGGCUGAACCUGUUGCUCCUAAACAGCCUGUGUACACGGGGCCAGAGAUCAAAGAGAGUGUAAUCUCCGAGGAGAAGGGUCAGAAGUGCGGGGAGAGAGAGGACUCGCUGCCUCCAGGAUACAGAUUUGAAAAUGUGAAACCUAUAAGCACAGAUGAGGCUCUGGAAUCGCUUUCAUUUGGUUUCACGACGUCCACAGCUCCACCUGGACCAGAAGAUAAGAAGAAAGCUGCUCCUCCUGCUGAUAAAAAAGCAAAGUUGGAGAAAACCUCAGAGGGUUCCUCGUUAAAGGCAGCAGUUCCUCCUGUAGCCGUGUGCCCCGCUCCUCCAGCUGAUAAAAAGGCAAAGAUGGACAAAGCUGGAGCUGAGUUCUCCCUGGAAGCUGGACUCGACUCCAAAACCUCCACCCAACUCCAGUCUGACAAGGGUGGCUCCAUGUCUCUGGAUGCUCUAAGUGCUCUUGGAGACAUGUUGCCAGAAGACAAGCCCAAAMCUGAAUCUCCCAAACUCAAACCUGAGGACAUCGUCCCGGAAGGAAAGGUGAAUGAGGAGAAGGGUGUGCGGGUCGGAGAGAGGGCAGACUCGCUUCCUCCAGACUACAGAUUUAAAGAGGAAGAUCUCAAAAAACGACCUGCUCCUGAACCUGAGCCCAGCAUGGAUACUGGUGAAGCUCUGGACUUUUUGUCUGGAGGCUUCACUUCUUCAUCAGCCCCUCCUGUGCAGGCUCCUGUGGUCGCCCCCUCUUCUGCUCCUGCACAGAAAGCUCCUCCUCCUCCUGCUGGCAAGAAAGCCACAGGUGGCAAAGUUUCUGAUGAUUUCUCUCUGGAGGCCGGUCUGUCUGCYUCCAGUGCUCAGAAAGUUGAGUCCUCUGGAGUUCCUCCUGUAGCUGUCUGCACCGUCCCUGAUAAGACAAGCGUGAAAGAGAAAGCUGGAGCUGAGGCUAAACCCAAAAUGGAUAAGACUGACUCCAUAUCUCUGGAUGCUCUCAGUGCUCUUGAAGACACAUUGCCAAAAGAUCAGCCAAAACCCGAAUCUCCCAAACUCAAACCCAAAGACAUCAUCUCGGAGAGCAAAGUGAAGGAGGAGAAGGGUGUGCGGGUCGGAGAGAGGGCRGACUCGCUUCCUCCAGASUACAGAUUUAAAGAGGAAGAUCUCAAAAAACKACCUGCUCCUGAACCUGAGCCCAGCAUGGAUACUGGUGAAGCUCUGGACUUUUUGUCUGGAGACUUCACCACCUCCUCAACUGCUGCUGUCAAACCCACAGCCCCUCCUGCACAGAAAAAYGUGGAGGAUUUGUCAGCUCUUGAUAUGCUGUCUGGUGAUUUUGUGGCUCCAUCCAAAGCUUCUGGGGUUCAUGCUGCUGCCACUCCUACUAAGAAACCUCCUGAGAAGGCUCCCGUGGAGCAACAAUCCACAGUUCCAAAACCAGCAUCCACUAAACCCAAGAUUGAGAAGGACCCGUCUAUCUCUGAUGAUGUUCUCAGUGCUCUCGGUGACACUUUGCCAGUGGAUGAACCAAAACCUGAAUCCCCCAAACUCAAACCUGGAGAUAUUAUCUCUGAGGUCAAAGUGAAGCAGGAGAAGGGUGUGCGGGUAGGAGAGAGGGAGGACUCACUUCCUUCAGAGUACAGAUUCAAAGAGGAAGAUCUCCAAAAACUACCUGCUCCUGAACCUGAGCCCACCAUGGAAACGGGCGAGGCUCUGGAUAUUUUAUCUGGAGACUUCUCAUCCUCGGCAGCUCCUGCUCAGGCUCUUGUCCCCUCCUCAGCUCCUGCUGCACAGCCCCCUGACGAUGCUCUGGAUUUCUUGGAUGGAGAUUUUGUUUGCUCCACCUCUGCUUCAGCAGUACAAUCUGCUCCUUGUCUUCCCGCAGACRCUGGUGAAUCGCUGGCAGCAGGAGCAGAUAACGCCCUGGAUGCUCUGUCUGACGCUCUAAAGGACAUCGCACCUGAACCUGCACAGCCCGCCCCAAUUCCUGCUAAAGACCUGGUUAAGGAGAAAAAGGCUGUUGAAGAAAGGUUGGAGAAGAUGGGAGAGAGAAGCGACUCGCUGCCUCCAGAGUACCGACCAACUGAGGAGGAUCUGAAGAAAAUGAAACAAUAUAAAGAAGAACAGGCUGCAAAACCCCAGAAGGAGAAGAUGGAUGACCAAACGGCAUUGAACCUUCUAUCCGAUGACCUCUCUGCRGCUCCUCAGCCUCCUGCACCCGUCGGCUCGUGCGCGACAAAGCUGGAACCUCCGGCGCUCCACCCAGAGCCCCUCAAGGGAAAGACCAAGUCAAAGUCAAAGUCUAAAACACAGAAGACCUCUGCAGCGGAUGACGUCCACUCGGCUCAGCCCAGCAAAGAUGUCGUUCCAUCCUCCACAGCGAAGGGAGGCAAGAGCUAGUUGRCUCGGCUGUGGGUGUCGUUCCUCCUCCAGACCACAGGGAUGCAUCAGUGAGGGAGCUGCUGCUUUUGGAUUCUAGUGUUCAAAACUCGUCAAGAAUGUAAACUGAACGACCGACAGACUUGGAUAUAACCUCCUCAAUUCACACUUAUAAAAAUGUCUUCAAGCA